AUUUCAGUACCAAGAACGGUAACCCCGAGCUACACUCGGGCUUACCAUGCGGCGUUGCUCAGGGAGUCCCUGCAGCACUUACCUUGUCCUUCUCUCCUGCGAUGUGUCCCCUGCAGCGUCCCCGGCCAUUUCCUCCAGCCGAUUCUGGCUUCCGUGUUCCGGUCCCUGUGACGUUGGGACGUAUGGGUACCAGAAACGGCGUGACAUUUGAAAUUUUUAAAAAAUGUGAUUUUUUUUUUAAAUGAUUUUGUCCCGAGUGCUUUGUCCGGCGCCCUGCCUGCAUUUUGACUGUUCUUUCUG